UUCUCUGUGCAAGGAGUGGGGGCUGGGGGGGGCGGGAUUGGCUGCAACCCAUUCCUCUUGCAGUUUCCCAACACAGCUGGGAGUGAACCCAAGUGUCUGGGUGACCUGACCUGGCCCUUCUCCCAAGCUGGGGCACGCUGCGGGGGUGGGCAGGGCGGGAUUAAAGUCCAAGGGCUUUAGGCUCAGAUUUAACGGGACCGAGAGGCUGGAGCUGCGGAUGGAGCCGGGGACUGCUGGGCCCAGGACCCCUGAGAGAGCAGGUUGCCUUCACCCCCGAUUCCCACCAUGCCCUAUCUACCAGCCUUUGUCUCUCUCCUUCUCCUCGCCCUCCUCCCUGGGGUGGCCCCCCAGUGCCACGUGGCUGUGGCUGGGGAGUGCCUGAAACACACAGCCCCCGUCCCUGGCUACAGCCUGGUUGGGCAAGGCUUUGACAUCACCACCCUCAAGCCCACUGGGGCCUCCUUGGUGGACAUCAACUGGUGGACCUACCCCAACGGCUCUUGCACUCUUUGCCACAACCCGGCACUGGAGGGACAGCUCCAGCAGUUGCCCCUAGCUGUGGUGGACUGGCAAGCCCAGGACCCCUGCUUGGAGACCAACGAGAGUGCCGUGAAGCUGUCCCCUCUGGAGGUGGCCCGGUGGGCUAGCACUGUGGUGCAAAACGACUGGACAGUGGGGCUGGAGGUGGAUGUCCAGGCCGCACCCGACACCCAGGUGGUGCUGGCUGGGAGCCGUUCCAGGAUGGCCGAGAUCAGCUCAGACAAGGCCCGGCAGGACAAGUACGCCUUCAUUGGCCGGGAGGUGUCGUGCCAGUACUACCAAUUCCGCCUGGGCCAGAAUCCCCCACUAUCCCCGGACUUCUCCCAGGCCCUCUCCGACCUCCCAGACAACUAUGGCCUCAGCUCCAGGGAGGACUACCUGCGCUUCCUGGGCAUCUAUGGCACUCACUACUUAGCCCUCGUCCACGUGGGUGGCCACCACCAGGAAAUCAAGGCAGUGCCCGUGUGCCGGGUGGCACUGGAUGGGCUCACAGUGGACCAGGUCCGGGACUGCCUCGACGUGGAGGUGGAAGCUGGGUUGGGUGGUGGGCAGGCCAAGGUGGACAGCAUCUAUGCCCUCUGUGAGAAGACCAAGGCGGCAUUGGCCAAGAGCUUCCAUCAGGUCUACGCCGAGAGCCACGUGGAGGCAGCCGGCGGCCAUCACCACGUCGACUUCCUCCUCCAAGGAGGAAGAGGUUCUGGGGCCUACGCUCGUUGGGUGGAAGGCCUCAAAGCCAACCCUGGGCUCAUCUCUUACACUCUGAUCCCCAUCCAUGCCUUGGCAAGGAAGGGUAACCCACGGCGGGCCUCUCUCCAGAGGGCUGUGAGCCAAUAUGUCCUUGAGGGGGCGCUGUGGAGGAACUGCACCCGUCCCUGCCCCCUGGGCACCCAACGAAGCCCGUGGGACCCAUGCACCUGCCUGUGCUCAGAGGAGGUGGGGUGGGACACAUCCUGCUGCUCCCGGGAGCGAGGCCUGGGCCGGCUCAUGGUGACGGUGGUCAAUGCCAGUAGGCUCUACGGGGACCUCGGCACCCAGUCAGAUGCCUAUGUCAAGGUGUUUUAUGGGGGGCAGGAGCUGCGGGCAGACACAGUGUGGAACAGUGACAGCCCGGCAUGGGGGGUGGGACUGGAUUUUGGGGUGGGGCGGGUAGACGGUGAAGACGGGCUGAGGUUGGAGGUGUGGGACGAGGACAAUGGGCAUGAUGAUGACCUACUGGGGGCCUGUGGGGAGGUGCCUGUGGCUGGCGCCCCCCAGUCCCGCACCUGCUAUUUGGCCUAUGGGCAGCUCCACUUCCUGUACCGCCUCCAGUGUGGGCCUGGCCUGGGUGGGCCCCAGUGCCAGGACUAUGCCCCCUGGCCCCCUGAGAUAUAACUGCCCCCCCAGGGGGCUUUCCCUCUUCAGGUCCUCCAGCCCCAUAACCACAUGGACUGGGGCCACAAAGCGGGGAGGGGCCAGGAGGAGGAGAGAGGGGGUGAUGGGAUGGGUCCACCUGACCCAUCAAUGACCCUGAGAUGAUCCCAACAAAUGAUCCCAUCCAUAGCUCCACCUACCAAUAAUGGCAACCCAAUCCUAAGCAAGGACACCAAACCUAACCCAGCCAACCAAUGGCAUCAACCCAACUCCAACAAAUGACCCCACCCCUAGCCCAACCCACUAAUCUCCUUCCCCCAGGGCCUUCCCCUUCAAACCCUGUACACACAUCCCUGGCAGGGAGGGAGUCUAAUUAGGGUGAUUUCCAAGGUUCAUUAGCAGUAAUGAGACAAUGGGCAACCGGCCUGUGGGGGGAAUAAAGGCAUUUGAGUUGACUUCCUGCCAAAUGUGUGUGUGUGUGUAGCCCUCAAUCGGGGGGCUAACCCCUCCUCUACCCACAAUCCCUUGGCCCCUCUCAUUCCUGAAGAAGUCUCAAGAAACAUGAAUUUUCUUCAGAACUCCCCCCCAUUUUAUUGACUAUUUUUCACCCCACAAUGGUGCCGGGGCCAGGGGAGGGGCAGCUACAGAGCUACCCGCCCCAUGCCUUUCCUCACCCCUUUUUGACCACUCUGAGCCCCCUGGGACCUGAGGUUCCCCUGUAUCCAACAUGGCUGCCGAGUCGGGGUGGGUUCACUGGUUGUCCUGGUGAUGGUUUCAAUAUGGCCGCCUUGGCCAAGAGUUUCCACUGGUUGCCUUGAUGAUGGUUUCAGUGUGGCUGCCUUUUGCAAGGGGUUCCACUGGUUGUCUUGGCAAUGCUUUCAAUAGGCCGCCUUUGCCAAGGGCUCAAAAUGGCUGCCCAGGCAAAGGUGUUGAGCAUGGUUGCUAUGGGCAGGGGGCCAAUAUGGCCGUCUUGGCAACAAAGUGAACAUGGCUGAUAUGGGGAUGGUUCAGUAUGGCUGCCUGGGCAGCAGGGGGGGUGUCAACAUGGUCACCAUGGUGAUGGUAUCAAUAUGACUACCAUGAGGAGGGUCAAUGGGGUUGCCCAAGAAAGGGGUGGAGCUUGGUUCCUAUAGGGGGUGGUCAAAAUGGCUACCUUAGCAACAGGGUCACCACAGUUGCCAUGGCGAUGGGAUGAACAUGGUUGCCAUCAGAGGGGUUCAAUAUGGCCACCCUGGCAACGGGCCCAAGAUGGUGGCUGCAGGGAAAAUUCAAAAUGGCCAUCUUGGUAAUGGGGUGUGUAGGGCUUCCAAAGGGGGGGUUCAAAAUGGCCACCCUGGCAACAGGUUAAACCUGGUUGCCAUGGGGGGGGGUCAAAAGGGUCGCCUUGA